AUGUACAUCUUCCCUAAUAAAAAUAUAGACAAACAUUGGAAAAGUGAUCAUUACCAUGCUUUGAAACUUCAUUUUCAGACAAAGUAUAGUCCUAAAAAACGUGACAUUCCAUACUUUCUAUUCGUGUGGCGUAGUCAGAAGGAACCUACAACACAACCAUCCACUGAUUCACAUUAA